CAUAAAGGGUGAGAAAUCAGCAGCUGAGAGACAGUCGGUUCUUCUCAGAGUCAAAGAUGAGAGGUCUGGCGUUUCUGCUCCUGGUGUCCGUGGCCAGCGCCAGGAUCUUCGAGCGCUGUGAGUGGGCUCGAACCCUGAAGCGAUACGGGAUGGAUGGAUACCAAGGCAUCAGCCUGGCUGACUGGGUUUGUCUGUCUCAGUGGGAGUCUAAUUACAACACCCAAGCCACCAACAGGAACUCUGAUGGAUCCACCGACUACGGCAUCUUCCAGAUCAACAGCCGCUACUGGUGCGAUGACGGCACGACCGCAAUCAACGCAUGCCACAUCAGAUGCACGGAGCUUCUGACUGACAACGUUGGCACCGCCAUCACUUGUGCCAAACGUGUGGUCAGGGAUCCCAACGGCAUCGGAGCCUGGGUGGCCUGGCGUAAUCACUGCCAGGGCAGGGACCUGAGCUCCUAUGUGGCAGGAUGUGGCGUUUAACCAUCAACCAGGACAAGGACAGCGUCAUUAAAUACUCACAGUUUCAGAUUCUAUGGAUUUAAAUGUUUGUAACUGUGUAUGAUCUGACAAUAAAACUCAAGAAUACUCCUCGACAACAUCAA